AGCCAUUACUAAAGUAUGAAUUCCUUUUUGUGGUGUUUAUCAUUUCUGUAAUAGUGCAGCUGCGUAAACAUCUUUUUUUUCCACAAACUGGGAAAACUAAAAGUUGUCACUGUCAAAAGACCAUAAAAGUUUUACUAGCAUCUCUUCACCUGUAUUGAAUCUGUUGUUUAACAAGUUGUGAACUUAUAUUCAACUCUCGGAGGGCGCAGAAGGAGAAGCUGUUGCGCAAAGCCACAAACCCUCAGCGCUUCACACAUGACUCAUGUCUAAUUAGGAAAGAAAAAGUCCGAGGAAGCUUCUGCCUGUGUCGUGCUGCUCUGCUCCGUGAGCUCUAUCUCUACUCACAGACCUCUCGAGUUGACCCCCUUGACAAGCGACCACGGACAUUGCGUAAGGCUGCGAUGACGCCAAGAACUGCAGCAGAUGAGGCAUGAAGCGGAAACGGUGUAAGAGACCUGAAAUGUGGAUCUGCUUGUUGUCUGUCGCCUUCACUCCAUCCGUCUUGUCGGGCUGCUGGGUGGUUCGGUACACACACAUCCCACCCCCUCUGCGCGCAAGAUGCCUCGGUGGCUAAUUACUGGAAAGCGAGGGGGAUGAGACUUAUAGAGAAGGUGGGGGGGGGGGGGGGGGUUAAAGAGGAAAUGCAGUCUCAAACCCACACAGACCAAAGGGAGUUUCAGCUGACAAGCGCCAGCCUGUGAGUGUGUGCGCCGAUGGAGAGCCCGGACUUUACGCACGGAUCCGUCUCCGUGGAUAACGGGACGCCGGCUCAGCCGUCACCAGAGGACACAGUCCAGACAGUGAUCGCUUUGCCUAUCUUCAUGUUUGCCGGAGGUGCUGUUGGGAAUCUAAUCGCAAUAAUCGUCCUGUCGGUGUCGAGACAGGAAAGGAAAUCCUCCGCCUUCUACACGCUGGUGUGCGGUCUGGCGGUGACAGACCUGCUGGGCACCUGCCUGGCCAGUCCGCUCACCAUCGCCAACUACCUGGACCAGCAUGUGCUGAAGGACGCGCGCCUCUGCCAGUUCCACUCCUUUCUGCUGCUGUUUUUCGGCGUGACGGGACUCAGCAUCAUAUGCGCCAUGGCGGCGGAGCGCUACCUGGCCAUAUGCUGCCCGUACACCUACCAGCGGUGGGGGGUGGGCCGACGCUUCGCGCAGAGGUUCCUCGUCUUCAUUUACGCCAGCCACGUCUUGUUCUGCUGCCUGCCGAUGAUGGGCAUGGCGAGGAGCGAGCUGCAGCCCUCCGCCACCUGGUGCUUCGUCGACUGGAGGACGCACGAGCCGGCGGCCGCCGCCUACUCCAUCCUGUACGGCGUCGUGAGCGUGCUGCUCAUCCUGGGGACCAUCGUGCUGAACCUGGCCGUGUCCGGCGCGCUGCUGCUGAUGCGGCAGAGGACCGUGCAGGGGCCCGCCACCAGGGCCAGCGUCCGGCAGCGGUGGAGGGCUCUGUCCUCGGCCGCGGAGACGCAGAUGAUGGCGGUGCUGGUGGUGACCUCCGCGGUGGUGCUGGCCUGUUCUGCUCCGCUCGUGGUCCGCGUGUUUGCCAACCGCUUCAUGCUGAACAACGACCCCUCAGCCGACCUGGCUGCCAUCAGGAUAGCCUCCGUCAACCCCAUCCUCGACCCCUGGAUCUACAUCCUCCUCAGGAGGUCCCUGCUUCGACGGCUGCUCAGUUUAUCCAGAAAAGGCGGCAGCAGCCAAGCUCGCGGCUGUGCUUCCUCCCCGCCGCAGAGGAAUCUGUUCUAUCCUGAUAUCAUGAGGGACAGCCACGUGUUCACCCAGCUGAUGUGCAGCGCAAACAUCAUCACUCAGCUUCCGGCUGCUGUCAAGUUCACUCAGCACGACGCAGAGAGCCUCCAACAGACUUCGAACACAGCAGACUGAAGACACGUCUCGACGUCUGGGAAACGUUUGCUGCUCCAUGCAGCGACUCAGUUUCAGAGCGGUCACCUGUGAGAUGGACUCGCGCUGACCGGACGGAGCCCUCAGAGCUGCUGCAGGAUAAUUUAUUAAACAGAAACGGAGGCCGGCUCCAACUGUGUAUAUAUGACACACACGACUGACAGGAUGUUAUUUCAUGUUAAGUGCAACAAGAAGACAUGACUGAGCCACUAUUUUGAGUCUUGGACUGUCAUCCACUAUCUCCUUUCAUAUCACACAGCUGGAGGUGGAUCGAGAGCUCAUUAUCAUUUGCUGGCAGACAAGUGACCUGUGACCUCUACGGAGGUCCAGUGUUAAAAGUCACGUGUUCGUAUAUCAGUGCUUGGAGAGUCUGUUUUUAACCAGAAACUGGUUGAGACGUCCGACGUGGCUUAUAGGGAAACUCCUGAGGAGAUUUAUUCUUUGCAUUUGUUGAGACAUUCUCAACGCUGAUAUGAGCUCAAUAAAGACCUGACCGUGAGGUGUCAAUGUCUUUUUGUAUGAGAUUCUUGUUUGCAAUAAAAAGGAGACUUUAACGGA